AUGAAUUCAGUUACCAGGCUACUCCCAUUCCUGGGAUUAUUGUGCCCUUCUGUUGUCAAUGCUAUCCGUCUCUGCCCUAUUCUGGGCCCGAGCUGGCCUGCUCCAACUGGUAUCUCCAUGGACCCCGUGGUCAGUGAGGCUCUUCACGAUGUCACCGCGACAAUCCAGCAAGCAAUCAAUGCUGGGAACUUCUCAUCAGACUCAAUUGCUCUGCAAAUCUUCGAUGCAAAUGACCCUGGUGCGCUGCUCAGCGCGUCCUAUACUGCCGCCGAGAUCGACACCACUCUCGGCGUGAGCGAGGUCGAUGAGAACACUGUAUUCCGCAUUGGCAGCACAUCCAAGCUCUUCACCAUGAUCAUGCUCCUGAUCGAAAAAGGUUUCCAUCCCCUACAGGAUCCAAUUGCAGAGUACAUUCCUGAGUUGCGCCAGGCUGUCACUGAGCUCGUUCGGAAUUCCACACAAUGGGAUGACGGGAUUGACUUUGUCAAGUGGGAUGAAGUGACCGUUGGAGAACUGGCUACUCAUUUGGCUGGAAUUGGAAGAGACUAUGGCGUCCUGGACCUUACCGAGCAGGCUUCGAUGGUUGAGGCACUAGGGUUUCCUCCUCUGCCAAAGCCUCAAAUUCCUGUUUGUGGAAGGCCAAACCCCUGUAAUAGGGAGCAAUUCUUCAACGGAAUGGUCCAUAAACAUCCUAUUGUCCCUACAUCGUCAACGCCGAUCUAUUCCAAUGCUGCUUUCCAAAUCCUCGGAUAUCUUUUGGAAGAGAUAACUGGCGAUAAUGUCGAAAAGAUUCUUUCAAAUGAUCUUGUAAUGCCACUGAAUCUCAGCCGAACGUUCUAUAACACGCCUAACAGCUCGCUCGGUGUCAUUCCUAAUACAGGAGGCCUGGAAUUCUGGAACUUUGCAAUGGGCGAUGAGAUACCUGCCGGCGGAAUAUACUCCUCCGCAAAGGAUAUGGCCACCUUCGGGCGCGCCAUUCUCAGCAGCACUCUUCUUCCUCCGGACCUCACCAGACGCUGGAUGAAACCUGCCUCCCACACGUCAUCCUUGGACUACUCUGUCGGGGCACCUUGGGAAAUCCUGUCAUUCGGCAACGAGCGCCCUAUAGACCUGUACACCAAAUCUGGAGACAUCGGCGUAUACUCAUCCGUACUCGCCCUGUCUCCAGACCACGGCGUGGGCUUCACAAUUCUCGGCGCCGGUGCCAACUCCCACGAAUCACUCGCACUCGCCUCAGACCUGGUUUCAGCAAUCCUGAUCCCUGCCCUUGAACAAAGUGCCAAAAACCAAGCACACCAGCGUUUCGCCGGAACCUACACUUUGGCCAAUACCAACUCCUCAAUCACCCUUACCACCGACGAUGGACCAGGACUACUCGUCACAAACUGGAUCAACAACUCCUUCAGCAUGCUCACUGCCUUCAUGGCCCUGAACGGCAUUCACGACCCCUCGCAGCUCAGCAUCCGCCUCUACCCAACCGGCCUCGAGAGCCCGGGCAAGAUCUCCUUCCGCGCGGUAACACCACCACCCCUGCCACCCGGAAUCGGCCCCUUUACUUCAUCAUGCAUUACCUGGGUGACCCUCGACUCGCACGUGUAUGGAAAUGUGGGAAUUGACGAGUUUGAGUUUAACGUGGAUGAAAGCGGGAAUGCAGUGAGCGUGUCUCCCAGGGCCCUGCGCACGACGCUGAAAAAGACCUAG